UCCGUGCCCACAGCCCGAGAAGGGGCGUCCGUGCCCACAGCCCGAGAAGGGGUGUCCGUGCCCACAGCCCCAGGUGGGGCAUCUGAUGUUGUGACCCCAGUAGGGGUAUCUGAUGUUCAGGUUCCAGAAGUGGCAUCCGGGCAUGCAACUCAAAGAAGUGUGUCUGAUCUAUUAACCCCAGGAGGGGUCUUUAGAGUUUCAGCCUCAAGUGAGGAAUCCAGGGCCAAGAUCCCAGGAGGAAUUCUUAAAGUCACAGAUACAGACAUGAACUUUUGUUUGCCAACUUCAGAGAGUGCUACCAGCUCAGUACCACUCCAAGAGGGAUCAUUAGAACAUCCGGAUUCUGUCUAUACAGAAUCAAGUGUCAAUGGACCUAGCCCGGUUCCAGCCGUCGGUCCAAAGUCUCCACUGGUUCCAGCCAGCCUGAGUGGCUCCAAUGAUGGGCUACCUCCUUCGGUUCCAGCCGAUUCCAGAAUCCUCGGAGCAAAUCCGGUCCUAUCCGUCAGUCCGAGGACUCCACCGGUUCCUACCGCUUCAAGCUCUUCCGGACCCAAUCCGGUCCCAUCCGUCUGUCCGGAUCAGCCUCCUCUGGUUCCAGCCAGCCCGAGUAGCUCUGUUUCCAAUGCUGAGCUACCUCCUUCGGUUCCAGCCGAUUCCAGCAUCCUCGGAUCAAAUCCGGCCCUAUCCGUCAGUCCGAGGACUCCUUCGGUUCCAGCCGAUUCCAGUCUCUUUGUAUCAAAUCCGGUUCUAUCCGUCAGUCCGAAGACUCCUGCGGUUCCAGCCGGUUCAAGCUUAUCUGGACCCAAUCCGGUCCCAUCCGUCUGUCCAGAUCAGCCUCCUUCAGUUCAAGUCAAGUCAAGUAGUCCUGUACAAAUCCCGGAUCCAUCCAUUUGUUUAAAGUUGCCAUCGGUCCCUGCCGAUUCCAGUUCCUCUGAACCCGGUGUGGUUCUCUCUGGUGUUUCAAGUAAACAACUCCUGUCGCUAUGUCCAGAGUCUACAGUUCUUGCAGAUAUUGCAGUUGCCUCAAUCCAGAUGGAGGCUCUAAGCAUCUCACCCCAAGAUGAAGCUUCUAGCAUUCGGUCAACCUCAGCUCAGAAUUCCCGUCAGUCAAUCCAGGAGAUGACGUCCUCUCUCCACCCUCGAGCAUUUCAAGUUGAUUCUACUCCUGCUUCUGAAUGCUUAUUUCAGUCCUCAACUCUCAAGUGUCCACCAGAUACAAAAGCUCCAGUCUACUUUGAUGGUGACUAUGAUCAGUUUCGUGCAGUGGCGAGCCAAUACCUCGCUUUUACUGAGUCUGAACCUUCAGUGACUAUUUCUCCAGCCAAUGCAAUCAGAUACUUCCUCCUGUUCUUCAAAGGUAGAGCACUGGACUGGGCAAAUCCUCUCAUUGAAUGUAAAGAUCCGCUACUGAGUGAUCUUCCUGCUUUCUGCGAAGCCGUAAAACAGGAGUUUGCUCCAAAGUUUAUGCAGUCAAAGUCAUCUGGGCAUUCCGGCCAAUUUGUCAACAGUUUGUCUACUGCUAAAUCCUCUCCAACAUCUCUGUCUGUGCAAGAUCAGGAUACAUUAGACCAAGCUAUUAAAAAUUUCCAAGCUGCAAAGUCAAGACAACGUUCUCAGACUUUAGAUUUGAAAGUUGCAUAUACUUCCGUGCCUCCAUCCUACAGCAACACUUCUGAAAGUAUUGACUCCCCAGAUUCAACAUCUGCUCAGUCUUCUGAUCAGUCUUCCAGUUCUCAGUUUUUCGACUCAACUCCUUCCAAACACGAACAGGUUCUGUUGAAUCAACGUAUCAGAGAUUUCAAGAAUUACAGGAAUUGGAGAGCUCCAGAACCAGUUCAGUCUACCAUCUGUUGACGUAAGUGUUGGCUAUGCUGCCGUAAACCCUAGUCCUGGUGUCUCAUAUAGCUUCAAAUUCACUGAUCCACAGAUUGUCUCAGAUUCUGUUGUUCCUAAACAAAAAGCUCCCAUGACCACACUAGACCUGGACUCUGACUCUGAAAGUGAGUUUGUUGAUGAAGACUCAAGUUACAUUAUGGGAGGUUCUAUCCUUCCUAGCUAUGCCUUUUCCCAGGAAGUAAAUUCUGUCUCAAAUUACCCUGAAUGGUCUACUUGUUCUGACGAGGAAAAUCUGUCUUCUGAAGAUGAAAGUUGGGAAGACUUUUGAGGACCUCUGCUUUUGUGUUUUCCUAAGUUCUUUUUCAAGGUUCCUCCAAGUUCCAGCGUGGGUGUUCGGUGCCCACCCAUAAAAGGGGGGGUACUGUCAGGAAUCUGCAUUUUCAUCGCAUCACUGCUGUGGAACUACAGGUCCCAGCAGUUCAGUUCUGUUCCAGUCUUCAGUCUCCUGCAGCCCACAGCUCACCGUGCUCCACCUAACCAGUUCAGUUCUGUUCCAGUUCUGGUUUUCAGUCCUCUGCAGCCUGGAAUGCUUCAGCUAACUCACAGCUGAUCUGGACACCUAAUCCAGCUAGUAUCUCUGCCUGCAGUUUGUGUCCAAUCACUUCUGGGCAGGAGGUAUAACUUCCAGUUUGUGGCUCUCACACAUUGCCUUGGACAACACGUCACAUCCCGUGAACAGACGGCUCCUGUUUGCAAUCCUCUGUCUACAGAGAUUUCCUUGUGUAUUAGACCUGUGGAACAACAGGUCCCAGCUGUUCCAGUUCCGUUCCAGAUCCCCUGUGUUCCUGGUUAUCCUCCUGCAUCUCUGUGGAACUACAAGUUCCAGCAAUCACUCCAGCUCUCCUGCUGCAUCCAGUGGUUCCCUGUGUUCCAGUCUCCAGAUCCCCUGUGUUCCUGGUUAUCCUCCUGCAUCUCUGUGGAACUACAAGCAUCAGCAACCCCUGCAUCUGUAUUUGGCUCCACACCUAUCUACAACCACAGUGUGCUUCAGCCUCAGCAGUAGAGACUCUCUCCAGGUGCAUCCCUUCACCUCAUCUGUGAAGCAGCUUGCUAGCUGCCUGUGCCUAACGAACUGCACUGUGAACAUUCACCUGAGUCUCCUGCAUCUGCUACCAGAUCCUGUCCCUGAAUGCUAAGUUCCCGGGGAACUCACAUGAUGCCCAUGUCAUUAGACAAUCAGGGAUAUGGCAGAGAUUAAGAUCGAUGGAAGGACAAGACAUGUGGUUAUUGGGAGACCGUGGAUAUCCUUGCACCCCCUGGCUCAUGACUCCUUACAGUAAGCCCAGGCCAGGACCACAGAUGGCAUUUAACUCCGCGCUAACUGCCACUAGACAGCUGGUGGAGCGCACGAUUGGUGUCCUUAAAGGCCACUUUCGUGUGCUCCACCGCACUGGUGGCGACAUCAUGUAUUCGCCGGAGAUGGUAAGUAAAAUUGUGGUCCUGUGCGCUAUCCUACAUAACAUCGCUGUAAGGAGUCGCGGGGAGCUUCCUCAAACAGAGGAAUUGCCUGAUGAGGAGCCAAGGGUUGGUUGGCCAGUCGGUGGGGGGAGUGUUUCCCGGAGGGGAAACCAAGUAAGGGCACGCAUUGUUCGGGAUUAUUUCAGGUAAAGUGUUUUUUUUAGCAAUAAUUAUUAAAUUUUGAACUAAGUCACUGUAUGUUUAUGUUCAGUUUGCUCUGAUGUUAUUUAGGUAGCUAUUGAAAGCUCAUAGAGUAAUUGUUUUGGUGUGUGUGAAUAUAUUAUUAGUUGUUUGUGUAAAUAUUCUAACAUGUUAACCUUACAAUGUAUUUAAAAACAAUAUUUUUUUUAAUGCUUUUUAUAAAAUUAUAUUUACUUUGCCAAAUUGAUGUAAUUAAUUUUUUUUUCAAAUUUUAUCCUGUUUUCAAUCCAAAAUACACAACAUAUGAUCGUAAAUGUUGUACACUUUGUGACUGUGCAGCUGAUUGUUCCUGGCAAAUGUGGGCGAGCACAACGGCAAGCUGCUGCUGCUGGGAGUCCCAACCUGUCCCCUUCUGAGCCCCCCUCCCCUUCUCACACCCAUUCCCCCUCUCCUUCCCAGUCCCCUUCUCAGCCCCCCUCCCCUUCUGUCACCCAAUCCCCUCUCCUUCCCAGUCCCCUUCUCAGCCCCCCUCCCCUUCUGUCGCCCAAUCCCCCUCUCCUUCCCUGUCCCCUUCUCAGCCCCCCUCCCCUUCUGUCGCCCAAUCCCCCUCUCCUUCCCAGUCCCCUUCUCAGCCCCCCUCCCCUUCUGUCGCCCAAUCCCCCUCUCCUUCCCAGUCCCCUUCUCAGCCCCCCUCCCCUUCUGUCGCCCAAUCCCCCUCUCCUUCCCAGUCCCCUUCUCAGCCCCCCUCCCCUUCUGUCACCCAAUCCCCCUCUCUGUCCCCCUCCACCUCUGUUGGCCAAAACACCUAUCCGCCCACCUCACCCUCUCUUUCCCAUUCCCCCUCUCUGUCCCCCUCCCCCUCUGUGACCCAACCCACCUCUCCGCCACCCUCCCCCUCUCAAUCUAACCCACCCUCUGUACCAAGCUCCCCCUUCCAGCCUCCUUCCCCCAUCCAGCCUCCUUCCCCCAUCCAGCCUCCUACCCCCAUCCAGCCUCCUUCCCCACCUUCAGAAUGGGCAGCAGAGGCCUCGGAGGCACUUCUGGGAGGAGAUCAAGUGCCACAGGACAAUGUUGCAGUUGGAGAUCCCACUACUUUUAGGGGCAUUCUUGCCACCAUGCGAGAACACCUGCAGGGAUUGCUGAGGAGUGUGGAGCAGCUGGAGAAGUUUGCUUAAUUUGUUAAUUUAAACAUUUUUUUGUUGUUGAGAAAGAAAAAAAAAACAAUCCAAAAAAACACACAAAUAAAAAAAUAUAUUUUCAACUUAA